AGGAGUCAGUUUGGAGUUUGAUGUGUCUUGGAGCAGGACCGUAUCAGCCAGGUAAGUGCAGAAGGUAUUAAGGAAACUUUUAUUUACUUGCAGCUUCAGCAGCACAAUGGCCACUUGUUACUAGCAACUGGCACUUCAGCAAGCACAGUGACAAAAUGCUUUUGCCUACUGCAUUAAGAUACAUUUCUUACAGAAUGUGGCAUCACAGUUGUGUGCUAACGCUGAGCCAAGCAGUCGCUGUGAUUUACUGCAAAGCGUGGCUGCUCUAAUUACUUUGGGAAUAACCAGCCAAACACCAACACAGCCGUCAUUAUCAGUUAUACCAAAGAAGGGGGCUGGAAUGAUGAAGUGUGAUUUAAUCUCAGUUCUCAUAUAAUUCCAUUUUCCAUACUGUUUCUGAUCUUCUGAAAUUAUGCCAGUUCUCACUGUGGAUUCUUUCACCGUGGAAAUUCAAGUGGGUAUUUUCAUCUUUCAUAUUUUUUCAGAAGGAGAGGCUUUUAUAUCGUGUCUAAAAUAGUAGAUAAGUGGAUGCAUAAAAUAAUGGAGUAGCCUGAGAGAGUUACCCAUUAAUUUGCUAUUGCAGACCUUUUUUGAACUACCUUUUAUGAAAAGACGGAGUGGGGAGAUAUUGGAAUCCUGAAGAGAGUUGUUUCCCGUGGCUUCAGUACAGAAGCAUGGCUGGAACAAAUCGGCUGACAUUGCUGUUAGCAUUUUCUUUACAGCUUGUUAUAGAUCUCUUGACUUGCAUUAACGUUAAUUGUAACAAUCAGCAUCCAUCAUAUUACAUUACUUUCUUUUGAAUUCAAAACUGGAAUGGUACCUCUCCGUAAUGAGCUGUAAAUCUCCCUGGGAUCAGGGCUAUAGCGAAUGCCACUGAGGGUCACGUUUUUAAAGAUCUGCUGCUGCAUGUGCAGUUUGGGAAAUCCAGUUUGCCUGCAUAUUUUUUUUAAAUAUGCCCUUUGGCCACUUUGUGUCUACCAACCCAGGCCAUUCUAUGAGUUUAUGAGCCUAUGAUUCACUUGCUUGUCGGUAAUGAGAGAAGUAAUAGCUUAGCUUAGAAUCAAGAUGAACAAAGAUUGGAUGCUGUGCAACGUACACAGGCCCAAACAGGUUUCCUUCCAGUAGGAAACAGAGCUGCACCAAAAUGGAGCAUGUGGCAAUCUGUCCUGAAACAGAGGCAGUGUCUCUAGGCACACACUUCUAGCACACAUUGGCAGUGUUGGUGCACGGCUGUUUAGAAAAGCAUUUCCUGCUGUUCCGCUGUAGUACUCUGCGUUCGUUCUUGUACUGUCACCCUGCGUGCUGUACAGAGCCCCUCCGAGUCCAGAUGUGCGGAGUGCUUUGAAUUUCUGAACGCUGACAGAUCUAACAAGGGACUUGUGCAUCUGCAGUGAAACACAGGCAAACACGGGUGUCCUGGGGCUAAGAUGUACUCAGAUAAACUUAACUCCCUCAUGCUACUCGGAGACAGCUGCUUGGUGCAGUGUGGAUUUCCACUAGUGGCUGCCAGUGAAAAUGCCCGUCUGGCCGAGCUGCUCAUGCACUUGGUGCAAGAGGCCCUCCAGGAGUUUGCUUCUUACAUUUGGAUAGGGCUGGGAGUCACACAAAACACCGUAGCAAAAAACUACUGUCUUUUUUUUAUUUGGGUUGAAAGCUGUGGAGCAAUCUCUGCUCAUGCCAGAUGGAGCCUUCCCUCUCGGCCAUAAUCACCUGUAAGUGCAGCUUUUCUCAGCUGCUGUUUGCUCCACCUGUGCAGCCCCAGCACCCUCAGCUUGUGCCCUCAAACACUGAACAGCUGUGCUUCUAACUGUGGGAGAGGUGGCUGAGCUUUUGAUUAGCCAGCACUUCACACUGCAAAGGAUUCCCUUUGCUAGAGCUGUGAAUCCAGCACUGCCUUUCUGGAGGGUAAGAAUGGGAUUUGUAUUUUUCCUGACUGUGACCCAAUUAGAAGAAAUGUUGGAAGAAAAGGGUGAUGCUUCAGCACUGUAUUGGUAGCUUCUCACAUAUUCCUCUCCAUUUGAGAGAUUACUAGGCUGCUGUUCAGCACUUGCCUUGAAUUACUGCUGCCAUGUGUCAGUGCUCUGUGACUUAGAGCUGAGUUGGUCCCCUUGCUGCUGCCAUGCAUGCACGCUAGCGGUGGGACAGGUAGCUCUGUGUGCGGCAUGUGUUUAAUUAGGAUAGGGGAAUCAGUGUGAGGACUGCAAACUGAAAAUAAAUAACAAGAUUCCUGGUAGGGCUCCUGUUCAGCCCUUGGGCUCACUGGAAGGGUGUGCUUGGUCUUGAAACCCCUCUCCUCGAGCCAUUCUGCUGGACAAGGGCUUUGCUUUAGCAGCUGUAUCGGGUCUCCCAGCUACUGCUAUAUGAAAUCCUUCUGUCUUGGUGAGCCUUGAAAGAAACUCUAGUUAAGCGCUAUCAUGUUGUAGUAGAAGAAAAGGAACACAUGGUGUGGUUAAUGUUAUUAUAGUAAAGCUUUGGUUUGUAGCCAGGAGAUUCUGCUGCUCCUUGGUACCAUCCAUGAAAGCAAACAGUUGUGGCCAGUCCUCCUCCUGCUAUCUAGUUAGCCUCCCCAGAAUUUCUGCUUGGAAGCAGAUGUUCUCAGCUGAAAAUAUGUGAUCUUUAAUCUAUCAGUUUGAAUACAAAGUAUGGCAAAACUGAGCAGCAACACAAUGUUGGCAUCUUUCUGUUUAUAUGAAAAGAAAAAUGCGUGUGUUUCUUUCCUGCAGUGAAUUCUUGAGCUGACACAGAGAAACCUUUAUGUAACUACUGAAGUACCGAGUGCCAUAAAUAGUCAAAUUAAUCCUAUUUUGUUGAAAAUUCAAAAGCUGGAUGAGAGGAGGGCUAACGUGGUACCACCGUGCUGUUUCAAAGCUUGCAAUAACACUUGGUAUUUCAUCCCGUGGGAAGGGUGUUGCUAUGCCAAACUGAGAAGGACGAUGGUCAUUAACACGGGACCUCAGUGCUAUGAAAUACCCUAUGCAGUGAAUUUGAUCUGAAUUCGGCAUGCUCUUAUUAAUGCAAUUGCAUAUCCACAAAAUAUGAAUUUAACACUGACUUUGUGCUUUAAAUAAAUUGAUGCUGAAGAGCAGAGGAUACGCAUUAUAGCAUACAGACUCCCAGUGCAGUUAGCGUGUUGAAAUGUUUAAAGAAUAUGAUUGAGUAAAUUUCUCCAGUAGGGAUGUUUAAUGUAAUGGGCAGUGAUGCUUCUGAUGCAUUAGUAGGAAAGUAAUGGUCAAGAUCAUGAAGCCGCAGUGUAUGUGAAGCAGAAGUUUUGCAACUGCUUUGAAUUCCCUGACACAUAAUGCAGAUUUGCAAAGUCACUGUUUUGUAAGGACCUGCAGUCAUUCUGCACAGAAGGAGAAGGAAAUAACCUUUUCCAGCUGGAGUCCUGGAAGCAUUCUCAAUUAGGAGUUUUAUAGGAAAACAGUUCAAAGUAAUUUAAAGCUUUUGGCUGCUCUUCUGGAGGCACUCAUUGACUCGGUUGCUCUGAAGCAAGCUAGGAGUUCUGAGAAAGGGAUGUUUGCAAAAACACUAAGCAGCUGUGUUUGCAAACAGUUAAGUGCUUGAGUCCCCGUGUUGCUGUUGUAAGCCAAACAGUGGCUCUGAGGCUGAGUGAUGGGUUCUGAAAGAGUAGAGCUUAGAGUUGGAGGUUUUUUUGCACAAUGUUGAGUCAGGGGAACCUGAGUACCAAAUACUGGUUAUUAUUGUUGUUAUUAUUAUGUUACCACUUGCACGAAAGAAAAGCAAACUCAGUGCUAGCAAAGGGAUAAGAUCUUAAAAUCGGGGUGCUACCCCAGAGCACAGUACAUGCUGCGUGUGUCCCUGCUGGCAUCCCCCUGCUCACCCCAGGCAGGGACUCCUGGAGCAGUGGAAGUGCAGCCCUGAGGCUGGGAGUGCCGCUUGUUGGAAGGCCCAGCAUCUUGUUCCACUGUGGAGUUAAAUAUCAACUAGAAGUUUACUUUGCCCUUUUAGUCCUGGUGCUGUGCUUGAAAACUCCUUUGAAUCCUUCAAUUGGAACAGAGGAGUGGGGUAUGUGGUAGAAUUAAUGUAGCAUAGCGUGCCAAGUCUCUUCGUUGAAGAGGAGUUCCAUCUAGAACAGAGGUUUUGCUGCAGCUGCUUGGCAGCGUUCAUCUUUGGAAGGGAAAGUAUUGCUUUCUGUAAGGCAAAACCAGCUCAGUGCUGUCCCUGCACCCCUCCUGCGGGGAUGGCAAUGAGAGGGGAUUUGUGUAUGGGGCAGCUAGCUCCACAGCUUCAGCAGCUCCUCUCUGGCUUUUUAUCCUGCAUGGUGCUUAGUUACACACAGCAACACAAAUAGGCUUAAAAGAGAUGACUUUCUGUGUUAGUUCUUGUGUGCUCGUUGCGUGGCUUUAAUGGCAGCUAGGGUGUAAUUUUCACUCAGCCUGUCUGGACAGUUAGUCAGCCCUGUUUGUUGUGGACCUUCUGCAUAGCAGCUGGGAAGAGAACACUUAAGAUUGGAAUAUGUGAGUGUAAAGAAACACUGUUUGAUUGGGGCUCUCCAGAGUGGGAGUAAUACUGAUCUUGUGAAGAACUGCAUUUCUAGUAGAUGUCCCUUUAAUUUAAGGCUGCUUAUAACACCAGGAGCUGAUAUUUGCAGCUAUGUUGAAUGUGAUUAAGACGGAGCCUUGCUCGCUCUGAUGGGGGAAGCGUCUGUGAGUAUGAACUAGUGGCAGAGGGUCUCCAAAAUGUGGCACGGUAUUUUUAGGACUGCACUGCUGAUCCCUCUCUGUACUGUACACAGCUCACACUGUAGCACAUGACAGCGUAGGGAAUCCUGCACGGAACAGCUGCCAAGCCUGCCCCGUGUUUUCCUCAAGUGCGACCUCACGUUAUACUUCAAGGAAAGGGAGAUACAUCCUUAACCCGUACUGGGAAGGAAGAGGAAAGAAACUGCUGUACAAAAGAAGUGUUCCAUAGAGCAAAGAUAUGUCUUCGUCGGUUCAACUCUUCAGAGAUCAGAAGUACCAUGAGCUGAAAAGGCAAUGUAUCCAGCAGGGACAGCUCUUCGAAGAUCCUGAGUUUCCAGCCUCAGAUGAGUCCCUUUUCUAUCAAAAAGUCCCACGAGGGAAAGUUGAAUGGAAGCGUCCAAAGGAUCUCUGUCAAGACCCCUAUCUGUUUGUGAAUGGAAUCAGCUCUCAUGACUUGCACCAAGGCAGCUUGGGGAACUGCUGGUUUGUGGCUGCAUGCUCCUGUUUGGCACUGAGGAAGAAGCUGUGGCAGCAGGUGAUUCCAGACUUUCAAGAACAAGAAUGGGACCCUAAAACACCGGAGAAAUAUGCUGGGAUUUUCCGUUUCCGUUUUUGGUGCUUUGGAAUAUGGACGGAAGUGGUUAUUGAUGAUCUGCUGCCAACAAUUGAUGGGACACUGAUCUACUGCCAUUCCAACGUGGAAAAUGAAUUCUGGAGCGCAUUAUUGGAGAAAGCUUAUGCAAAGUUGGCUGGAUCUUAUGAAGCCCUGGAUGGAGGCAGUGCUGCAGAUGCAAUAGUGGAUUUCACUGGAGCAGUGGCAGAAUCUAUUGAUUUGGUACAGGGUAAAUACAGCGAGACUAUUUCAGAGCAGAUGAAGCUGUUUGAAGACUUGCUGAAGGUGCAUAAAAGAGGCGGGCUGAUCAGCUGUUUCAUUGCGUCUUCCUCUGGAAGAGCCAAUGAGGUGGAGGCAAAGACGGGUCUCGUCACUGGUCAUGCCUACUCAGUGACUGCAAUUCGGAAGGUGCACCUUGGAGAAAGGCUGACAUUCUCUUUUAAGGCAGAAAAGCUCUUCAUGGUCAGGCUGAGGAAUCCCUGGGGAAAUAGAGAGUGGAAUGGUGCCUGGAGUGACAAUUCUGAAGAGUGGAAGAAAGUCAGCAAUGCAGAGCGUAAAAGUCUGGGACUCACUGUUGAGAAUGAUGGAGAAUUCUGGAUGACAUUUGAGGACUGGUGUAAGAAUUUCACUGAUGUGGACGUCUGCCGGAUUGUGAAUACCUCCUACUUCAGUAUUCACAAGACCUGGGAGACGAAAAUGAUGCAUGGGGCUUGGACAGAGAAUUCAGAGCCCCUGCUAAAUCGCUGUGGUGGAUGCUUUGAUAACAUAGAGACCUUCCUUCAGAAUCCCCAGUACAUCUUUGAUGUUAAGAAGACAGAAGACAAAGUGUUGAUCUCAUUACAACAGGAGGAUCGGCGCAGGAGCAAAAAAGUAGGAAAAGGAGACAACAUCACAAUUGGUUUUGAAAUCUUCAAGGUAGAAGAUAACAGAAGCUAUCGACUACACAAGCUGACUGUGCAGGAGAGAGUGGCCACAUCUCCAUACAUCAAUACGCGCAAUGUGUUCUUGAAGAAGAUCCUUAAGCAAGGCCGUUACAUCCUUAUCCCAACUACAUAUCUUCCUGGCAUCACUGCGAAGUUUAUCCUGAGACUCUUCACUGAUGUGCCAUCAAAGCUCAGAGAGCUGACAGCAGAUAAGCCUGAAAUGACAUGUUGGAGUCUUCUUUGUGGCUAUCCACGCAGAAUCACCCAAAUCAAAAUCCACUCUGCAGAAGGCUUACAGGAGCAAGAUGGAUCAAGUGGAGCAGAUCCCUAUGUGCUCAUCAAGUGCGAGAACCAAAAAGUGCGCUCCUCUGUACAACACAAUACUACCAGUGCAAUUUUCAACACACAAGUCAUCUUCUACAGGAAGAACAUCGACAGUCCUGUCAUUGUCCAGGUCUGGAACAGCAACAUCUUGUGUGACCAGUUCCUUGGACAGGCGCUGCUGGCAGCUUCACCCAGUGACCCCAGAGAACAGCAGACUCUGCAACUUCGAGGGAGAGGCAGCCAAGAAGCCGAGGAGGUGCCAGGUCACAUCACCGUCAAGGUUUUUUCCACUGAUGACCUCGUGGAGCUAUGAAUACCAAAGCCCUGCAGAGCCAGACAGAGCUGUCACCUCGCAGCAGGAGGGCUUGUCUGUGCUUUCUGUGUGAAUGACUUGUAAGCAAAGGUUUCAUGUACAUACUCACAAUUGCUUUUAAAAGAAAAAGCUCUCUAAAACUCCCCAUUAUCUUGGAUAAUGGGGAGGAAGGCUUUUAAAGGGAAAAAAAUAUAUAUUGCAUAUAUAUAUAUAUAUAUAUGUUCAUCAUAUAGUAAACAGUAGAAGAGGUGCCAAACUAACUGUCAGCAGAUGAGCUCAUUAAGACAUGAGCUCAUAACCAUCUUCCCCAGUGGUAUCCUUCAGGAGCUCAUGACAUGUAAGCUGGAAGCAGACAUGACUGUUCUCACAGGUCCUAGCACAUCAUUACAUGUUCCCAGCAGGCAGGUAGGAGUAGCUGCAUCUCCAAAGCCACAUGCCAGCAGGCUGGAAGGCUGGCAAGGACAAGAUGGGCUCACAUGCCUGAUGUCCUUGUUCACUGCUAGACUCCCCCUCGGAGGGGGAUUUUUUGAGCUUUGAUUGGAAUUCUUUUCCCUUAUACUUUAUUUUUUUUAUACUAAUUUCAGUGUUAUUGAUAAAGAUCGGAUAUUUCUGUUCCUUGGCUAAAACAUUCUUACUCAAGGAUUUCAGUCAUAGGACUUAGGAUCAGACAUGCCAUGGCAAUAUUAAAAUAGAGGGGCACAUCUUGGAGUGUCAGCUUUGCCUGCGUAAAGGCUCCCUUUGUAUUUUCGUGUUUUCUACCCCAAGCUAAUGAAUCACAAGUUGAUAUCUUUGGCCAAGAGAUGGGCAUCUCACAGUUCAGCUGUAGCUUUGCCUGGAGGACGAACUCCAUUAUGGAAGCCACCUUCCUAAGGAGGUUUUGUUUAAUCUACUUGAUGCUAGAAUGUAAUAAUGCUCCCUUUGCCUUAUUAGAUGUGAUGAGCAACACCAGAAUGAAAGAGGAGAAAAUUAGUUUAUGAAGUUAUUAGUUACAGACCCAUUAUGGGUCUGUAAAACAAAGAUGCCAUGACAUAGCAGGUACCAGAUUUUCUCUUUGGAAAUUUUGCAUUCGUUUAUUGCUGAUAGAGCUUGCAUCUUUGAGAAACUUUAACUUGGGUAUGAUGGAGGAUGGGUAUUGUUCAGAUUUUCUUCCAAGCAAGGUUUGGGUACAAACUUCCUUUUAACUUUUGCAUAUAGCUUGUCAGUAGGGUUCCUUCAUAGCAGACAUUUCUGAGUUGUCAGGCUAUGCAGGGAUUCUGGCAGUGUAAAAGAGGCUCACUGAAAUGACCUCUCAGAAAUGGAUUUUGUAUGGUUGCAAAUUUUGGUCUUGAAAGUGAAACUAAAGGCUUACUGUUCUGCCUUUUGUACAGCUAGAAAACUUGUCUUUCUGUGUACCUCAUAACUACUUCAGCCAUUUUGUGCAGUAUUUAUAACUUAUAAAAUGGCCCUUGGUAGAGUUAACGUUUUCAAAAAAGGUUUAUAAGUAAGUCUGCUCAGGGCUCCAAAAGGAUCAGUGCUGUGGGAAGAAGAUGAUUUGUCUGACAUGUUAGAGCUGGAGUAUAAAGCUAUGAAGGAUAUUAUGCUGCCAUCAGCUUAGCUGCAUGUACCAAGUACCUAAAUCCAACUCUUUUUUAAAUAGCUUGGGCUCAAGCCAUUUUGCACGCAGAGCAUUUGUCAGACGUGAGCUACAUGCAGUUGGCAGCCCCACAGGCAAGUAUAACUCUUCUCCGUAAGCUCAUGGCUUUAGAGUUGCUUACUCUCAGAUAUGAUUGUAAAGUGCAUUUCUUAGAGAGAGAGAGAAAACCCACAAAACUUCUCAUGCAGACCGGAGCUCAGGCAAGACAGAGAGCUGCAACUCAGUCUGGGGCUGUCCUUCCUCUGAAUUAAGACCUGUUUAUGUUACUUUUCCUCACACAGUAUUUUAUUCCACAAUAGCUCUGCCUCCUAGCAGCCCAUCAGACACACCUUGCCUGCACAGGCAGAGCACCAGGGCCACAGAGCUGUUGAAGAUCGCAGGCAGUAAAGGCGAGCACCUGGAGUGAGCAGAGUUGGUUUUGUUGUAUAAUCCCCUUUUCAGACAGUUUUUCAGAACUCUUUCUUCAGAGAUGGGUGCAGUAAGGAGGGACUGGCUCGGCUGGCUGAUUGAUUGGGGUCAGUGCUUAGCCUGGAGAAGGCUCCUGUCAGACAGCACCCAGCUCGGCCAGGCUGCUUUCUCAUCUGUGAACUGACACAGCCUGCAGCCAAGCAGGGGCUUAUGCCUCCCUGCUGCGGGGUUAGCCUGAGAGCUCGCCUGAGCUUGCUGUUCGCUGCAGGCCCCACAGCCCACUGCUCCCAUCAGCCUCUGUGUAAGGGCUGCCCCCAGCGUCUGCAGGGGCAGUGGGAGCGACAGUUGGUGGUGCGUGGUGAUGGGAGGGCUGCUCCCAGAACUGCCUUUUGAGACAGACACGGGACUCAAAUGUUACCAAAACUGGGCGGUGUUUGUCAGCAUUCAGGGAUACCUUGUGGGAAAAUGUUCUGUUUCGUGCUAACUGCCUGUAUGUGUGUGUCACCUUAGGUGAGGGCUUCGCUCCCCUGUAAAUCCUCAAAUUAAAACAGAGGGAAACGGUCUGAAAAAUGCAUUAUUUCAAAUUUAAACCUUUAUUUUUCAGUACAAAGCAACCUAAAUAAAAGGCUGAAAAAAUA